UUUCCGAGGUAGACUGGAACCAGAGCUAGAAUCAAUAUGGCGGACGCGGUUGGCGAUGUAGAAGCUCGUGGUGUGAAGCGACCCCUGGUUGAAAACUACAGCGACGGAGAAGAGGAGGAAGAGAGAAGAAAGGCUAAAGAGAAAAGUGCAUAUCAGAGUCGACAUUGCCCAUACCUUGACACUAUCAACAGGCAUGUGCUCGAUUUUGACUUUGAGAAGCUGUGUUCCAUUUCCUUGUCACACAUUAAUGUUUAUGCCUGCCUGAUAUGCGGAAAAUACUUUCAAGGUCGUGGACGGCACUCUUACGCCUAUACCCACAGUGUCCAGUUUGGCCAUCAUGUUUAUCUGAAUCUCCAUACCUUGAAAUUUUACUGUCUCCCUGACAACUAUGAGGUCAUUGAUUCCUCCCUUGAUGAUAUCAAGUAUGUACUUAACCCAACCUUCACAAAGAAAUACAUCAAGGAGAUGGACGAGUCAGCCAGACUGUCAAGAGCAUUCGAUGGGGCUACAUACUUGCCAGGCAUCGUUGGUCUCAACAAUAUCAAAGCCAAUGACUACCUGAAUGUUGUGCUACAAGCAUUUGCAUUUAUUACACCAAUCCGGAACUACUUUUUGAGAGAGGAAAACUACAAUGUGAUCAAGAGGCCCCCUGGGGACAUCAUGUUCCAGCUAGUUCAACGUUAUGGUGAGCUCCUGCGAAAACUGUGGAAUCCUCGGAAUUUCAAAGCUCAUGUCUCUCCCCAUGAAAUGCUUCAGGCUGUGGUUUUGUGCAGCAAGAAACGGUUUCAGUUCACCAAGCAGGGAGAUCCCAUUGAGUUUUUACCAUGGUUUCUUAAUGCACUGCAUACAGCUCUCAAUGGAACAAAGAAAAUGUCAAGCAGUAUAAUCUUCAAGUCCUUCCAAGGCAAGAUGAGGAUAUACUCAAGGAAGGUUCCUCAAACAGAGAAUGAGGAGGAAAAAGCAGAGCAGAUGAAACUUGAAGAGUAUCAAGAGACAGUGUCUGAGUCACCAUUCUUAGUCCUUGCACUAGACAUCCCCGCAAGCCCUCUUUUUAAGGACGAAUUUCAACAAAAUAUUAUUCCACAAGUCCCACUGUCUUCUUUGCUGAGCAAAUUUGAUGGCACCACAGAAAAGGAGUACAAAACCUACAAAGAAUCAUUUAUCAAAAGAUACGAGCUGUUACGGUUGCCGCAGUACCUCAUACUUUGUAUUAAGAGAUUUACAAAAAACACGUUCUUCGUUGAGAAAAAUGCCACAGUCGUCAACUUCCCUGUGAAGAGUGUGGACCUAGCGGAGUACUUAUCGAGUGACCCGGCUGUCCAGGACGCACAUCCACACACGACUUACGAUCUCGUUGCCAACAUUUGUCACGACGGGGAGCCAGAGAGCGGCACUUACAGGCUACACGUUCUGCAUCGGGGUGCAAACAAAUGGUACGAACUUCAGGAUCUUCACGUCAAGGACAUCCUGCCACAAGUCAUUACUCUCUCAAACUCUUACAUCCAGAUUUACGAGCUUCAAACAGAUUCGCAAAACUCGUGAAUUUCAGAAGGCAUUCGUAUCGUGCGAAAAAAACCCUCGCCCACAAGCUACCUAUGUAACACUCUCGCUGAAGUCUUCAACACAAGAGGUCAACGCCUGGCCCCGAGUCAUGAAGCCUGGCCCCGAGUCAGUCUUGUCGGGUCAUAUACUGUACGAACGGUUCUCGUGUCACGCGAAGGCUUGUCGGGUCAUAUACUGUACGAAGGGUUCUCGUGUCACGCGAAGGCUUGUCGGGUUAUAUACUGUACGAAGGGUUCUCGUGUCACGCGAAGGCUUGUCGGGUCAUAUACUGUACGAAGGGUUCUCGUGUCACGCGAAGGCUUGUCGGGUCAUAUACUGUACGAAGGGUUCUCGUGUCACGCGAAGGCUUGUCAGGUCAUAUACUGUACGAAGGGUUCUCGUGUCACGCGAAGGCUUGUCGGAUCAUAUACUGUACGAAGGGUUCGAAACGGCACGCCAACUGAUACAACGAGUCAUCAAUGUAAACAAGCACCAAUCGAUAAUAUUGACAAGCUUUGUAAAAAAAAGCCCACAAACUUGUGUCAUAAGUAAAUAUCUUUUUUACUCAA